UAUAUUCCUAGCUGGUUUUGUAUGAUUCCAUCUGGGUAAUGGUUUUCUUGGAGAGUUUUUGAGAUUUUAAAGAGUUAUUUUGAGAAUGUUUGAAUGGGCUUGUUUGACUGUUUUCAGUCAACUGAUGUUGGGUUUUUUUUAUUUAAUGGAUGUUUGUGAAGUAAGAUCUGAUGAAUGUGUUUUGGGGGAAUUCUGAUUAGCAUUAGUGUUUUAGUAUGUGGAUUUGGAGGUGUUUUUGGUGGGAAUUGAUUAUAGUUUUUAUUUGACCUUAGUUAGUCAACUUUUGAUAAUGGGGAUUUUAAGGUGUUUUGUUGAGGAUUUGACACUACAAACUUUAUUGUUUAUAAUUGUUGCAUCUGAUUUAAAUGGUUUAGUGAUUGGUCUUGGCUCAAUGUCUUCCAUUGCUAUAUCUUAUGGUGAAUAUGGUACUGCAUUUUGUGGUCUAAGAUCAGAUGGGUCUCACUUUGUGUCGUGUUAUGGUUCGAAUUCGGCUGUUACUAGCUCAACACCUUCACUUGUACAGUUUUCCGGGUUAACUGCUGGCAAUGGGUUUGUUUGUGGGCUUUUGAUGACUAACAGUCAGCCUUUCUGUUGGGGGAACAGUAGUUUUAUAGCCAUGGGUUUUCCUAGGCCCAUGGCUAUAUCUGCUGAGUUCAUAGAACUCAGCGCCGGAGACCACCAUUUAUGUGGUCUCCGGAAACCCCUGAUGGGCAUUCAAAGAAAUAUUUCGCUUGUUGAUUGUUGGGGUUAUAACAUGACUAGAAGUCAUGUUUUUGAAGGUCAGAUCCAGUCUGUUUCUGCUGGCUCUGAAUUCAACUGUGGACUGUUUUCACAAAACCGUAGUGCAUUUUGUUGGGGUGAUGAGACGAGCAGUGGCGUGAUUAGCAGUGUGCCAAAGAAUGCUAAGUUUCGGAAGAUAUCAGCUGGUGGUUAUCAUGUUUGUGGGAUAAUAGAAGGUAUCGAGUCGAAUGUUUUAUGUUGGGGAACGAGCUGGGAGUCUCAAGAGGAAAUUGCAAUGGCAUUGGCACGUCAGGGCCAAGUCAAUGUUGACUUGGCCCCACUUGACCCGAUGCUUUCUGUAGUUGGAGGAAGGUUUCAUGCUUGUGGUAUCAUAAGCUAUAGCCAUGAGGUGGUUUGUUGGGGUUUUCGGGUUGAUAUGAGCACCCAACCUCCAAAAGGAGUUCGCCUUUAUGAAAUUGCUGCGGGGGACUACUUUUCUUGUGGCGUUGUGGCUGAUAAAUCGCUUUCUCCUGUUUGUUGGGGUGCUGGUUUUCCGACAUCAUUGCCGUUGGCUGUUUCUCCUGGAGUCUGCCGGUCAAAUAGUUGUGAAGAUGGUUUUUAUGAGUAUAAUAACAGCAGCUCACCUUGUAAGUCACCUGGAUCACGAAUUUGUUUACCUUGUAGCCAUGAAUGCCCGUCUGAAAUGUAUCAAAAAACUGAAUGCACAAAAGAUGCUGACCGAGUUUGUGAGUAUAACUGCUCAAAUUGUACCUCAAUCGAGUGUUCUUCACACUGUUCAUAUACCGACAAGAAAGCAGAAAGAUUUUGGUCAAUGCAGUUACCGGUAAUCAUUGGGGAAAUUGUAUUUGGGGUGUUAUUAGUGAUUGUGGUAUCGUUGACUGCUGUUUUUUAUGUACGUUACAAGUUAAGGAACUGUAAAUGCUCUCCGAAAGGCAUUAAAUUCUUGAAAAGCAACGGGUUUCAGAAAGACGGUGGAAAGAUUCAGCCCGAUUUGGACGAGUUAAAGAUCAGAAGAGCUCGAGUUUUUAGCUAUGAUGAACUUGACCGUGCUACUGGUGGUUUUACAGAAGAAGCGCAAGUCGGAAAAGGUAGUUUUUCAUGCGUUUUUAAGGGUAUUUUGAAAGAUGGUGUUGUUGUUGCUGUUAAAAGAGCAAUCCUUUCACCUGAUAUGAAGAAGAAUUCAAUGGAGUUUCAUAAUGAACUCGAUUUGCUAUCUAGAUUGAAUCAUGCACAUUUACUUAAUUUGCUCGGAUACUGUGAAGAAGGUGAACAACGGUUGUUGGUUUACGAGUUCAUGGCUAAUGGGUCAUUGCAUCAGCAUCUUCAUGGCAACCCAAAGGCAUUGCGGGCACAGUUGGAUUGGGUGAAACGGGUAACAAUAGCUGUGCAAGCAGCUCGAGGAAUCGAGUAUUUACAUGGUUACGCCUGCCCGCCAGUGAUCCACCGCGACAUAAAGUCAUCAAAUAUUCUAAUCGAUGAAGAACACAAUGCACGUGUGGCUGAUUUUGGGCUUUCGUUGUUGGGACCAGCAAACAGCAGCUCGCCUUUAGCUGAGCUGCCAGCAGGAACUCUAGGGUAUCUAGAUCCGGAAUACUACAGACUUCACUACCUCACAACGAAAUCUGACGUGUACAGCUUUGGUGUGUUGCUUCUUGAGAUCCUCAGUGGACGGAAAGCCAUAGAUAUGCAAUUUGAAGAAGGCAAUAUUGUUGAAUGGGCGGUACCAUUGAUCAAAGCUGGUGAGAUUCACGCAAUUCUUGAUACUGCCUUAGCACCACCAUCAGAUCUAGAGGCAUUGAAAAGGAUAGCGAAUGUAGCAUGUAAAUGUGUGAGAAUGAGAGGUAAAGAACGACCGUCUAUGGAUAAAGUGACCACAGCGCUAGAACGAGCAUUAGCAAUGUUAAUGGGAAGUCCAAGCAAUGAUCAGCCAAUCUUACCGACCGAAGUUGUUUUAGGUAGUAGUCGAAUGCACAAAAAAUCAUCACAACGGUCAUCAAACCGAUCAGAACUUGAAGGUGAUGAGACAGAGGAUCAAAGGAUCGAGUUCAGAGCUCCAUCGUGGAUCACAUUUCCAAGUGUGGCGUCGUCUCAGAGGAGAAAGUCAUCUGUUUCAGAGGUGGAUGUGGUCGAUCCAAAGAUACCAGAAAACAAGAACAUGGGUGAUGGAUUGAGGAGCUUGGAAGAAGAGAUUGGACCAGCUUCACCACAAGAACACAUGUUCUUGCAGCAUAACUUUUGAGUCAUUGUUGAUGAUGUAUGUUGGAGGAAGGGAUAUAUGAAUUUGUGAAGUAAUCAUUUAUUGAAACUUGUUUGUGAAAUCUAAGAUUUUGGUUCAAUUUUAUUGCGUUUAAUCCGAA